AACGCACUUCAAGUGGCGACAGGGAUUAUCAGUUAAGUGUUUACGGAGGUUCGCGAGUGCGUGUCCUGGAGUGGAACGCAGCCAUGAAUGUUAUAUAAUAGUGGGAGGAUUCGAUGUUCCAGUGUAUAUAGGUUAUGCGUAUGAGAGUGUUGAUCAAAACACCAUUGUAGCGUCUAAACUGCCGCAAUUUACACAAGAAGAAGAAGAAGAAAGUGUUGAUAAAUCGAGUGAAACAGUUAGCUAUCAGUCAAAAUGCUGGAAUGGAUUCUGGUGUUGACGUGCAUCUUCAUUUUUUUUCUUUACAUCAGCAUUUCAAAGCCCAAGAACUUUCCUCCUGGACCACGUCCAGUACCAUUUUUUGGAAAUCUGCUCCAACUCAACAUGGCCAAUCCUUUGAAAGACUUUAAGAGGCUGGAAAAUCGCUAUGGAAAGGUUUACAGUUUGUACAUCGGAUCAAGACCAACAGUAGUGCUUAAUGGUUUUGAGGUUAUAAAGGAAGCUCUUGUUACUAAGGCAGUCGAGUUUGCUGGACGCCCACAAGACCUCAUGGUCAACCAUGUCAUGGAGGGAGGAGGUGUUAUUGUGGUUGACUAUGGCCCUACUUGGAAAGAACACAGACGCUUUGCUCUCAUGACCCUGAGAAACUUUGGUCUGGGGAAGCAAACAAUGGAGGAGAGGAUUCUGGGAGAAAUCUCACAUAUUGUUGAUAAACUGGAUAAAGUUGUUGGAACCUCCAUUAAUCCUCAGACUAUGUUCCACAAUGCUGCAUCAAAUAUCAUCUGCUUGGUUCUGUUUGGAUCCCGCUUUGAUUAUGAUGAUGAAUUCCUCAAGCGUUUUAUUGAAAUCUAUACAGAGAAUGCAAAGAUCACCAAUGGACCAUGGGCUAUGAUUUAUGAUGCUUUACCUAUGGUGAGAAGUUUGCCCUUGCCCUUUAAGAAGGCUUUUACAAAUGGCACUAAAGUCAAACAGAUGUCUUCAAAUUUGAUCAACGAGCACAAGAAGACAAGAGUCCCAGGAGAGCCGAGAGACAUCAUUGACUGCUAUCUGGAUGAGCUUGAUAAGAGAGGUGAUGAUGGUUCCAGCUUUUGUGAAGAGCGACUGAAAUGGUUCAUUUUGGAUUUGCACUUUGCAGGGACUGAUACUACCUCCAACACCCUCCUCACUGGAUUCCUCUAUCUCAUGAAUCACCCCGAAGUUCAAGCGAGAUGUCAGCGAGAGAUUGAUGAAGUUCUGGAAGGUAAACAUCAGGCGUCUUUUGAAGACAGACACAAUAUGCCGUACACACAGGCUGUGAUUCAUGAAAUUCAGCGUGUGGCAAACACCGUACCACUGAGUGUGUUUCACUGCACCACCAAAGACACAGAGCUGAUGGGUUACAACAUCCCAAAAGGAACAAUUGUUAUUCCUAAUCUUAGUUCUGUGCUGAAUGAAGAAGGUCAGUGGAAGUUUCCUCAUGAAUUUAAUCCAGCCAACUUCCUGAAUGAUGAAGACCAGUUUGUGAAACCUGAAGCCUUUAUUCCAUUUUCUACUGGGUCCCGUGUGUGUCUUGGUGAGGGUCUUGCUCGUAUGGAGCUUUUCCUGGUCCUCGUCACUCUGCUGCGUCGAUUCCAGUUCGUUUGGCCUGAAGAUGCCGGGGAACCAGAUUACACCCCUGUGUUUGGGGCCACGCUCACACCCAGGCCCUACAAAAUGCACAUCAGACUUAGAGAACCGGCCAAAUAAUUAGGGCCUGAGCACCUUCUGCUUCUUCUGCUGCAUCUUCUGCUUCUGCUGCUUCUUCGACUUCAAAAUUAAUCACAUUUUUGAGGGCCUAAAUUUGCUCGAAAAGUGACGAUAAUGUACAUGUGCCUAAAGGCCUCAGAAGUGGGCGUGUAAAAAUGACUUGAAAGCGCCACCUGCUAAAUUUCAAGAGCACAGUCUUCCCGCUAUGAAGAACGUACAGAUAAAACAUUUGGUAGGGUCAUCUAUCACCUCAAGACCUACAAAAAAGUCCCUUGUAACCAAGCUCUAAACCCCAACAAUUUUAAAGCACAACUUCUCGUCUAGAUCCGGUCCAGCGCAACCUAACGUAAAUGGGUAGUGACGUAGGGAGGUCACGUGUUACAUAUAUAAAACACAUUUGCGGACCAUUUUAAACAAUGAACUGACACAAAGACAUUAAUUAGUAUCAGUUGACAUACAACAACAUAGGAACGGUCCUCUUUCAACCACUUGGCGGGCGGAGUUUCGCGUUCGUCCUCUGUGACCUCUUGACAUCAUGGCGUAUUGCGUCGGGUCACGCUGGUGCAUCACGACCGGAUCUAGACGAGAAGUUGUGCUUUAAAAGUGUAUAUUUGAUAUUUUUCUUGUCAAAAAUGACAAUCGUUUUGCUAGAUAAGACCCUUAUGCUUCGUUUGGGAUCGUUUAGAGUCCUUUGAAACUCAGUUGAAAAAAACUGUUAAGUGUUAAUUGUUGGUGUCUAUUAAAGUCCAUUGAAAUGAGAAAAAUCCUGCAAUGUUUUCCUUAAAAAACAUAAUUUCUUCUCGACUGAACAAAGAAAGACAUCAACAUUUUGGAUGACAUGGUGGUGAGUAAAUUAUCUGGAUUUUUCUUUUAAGAAAAUGGAAUAUUCCUUUAAAGAGCCGCUUCUGGGAAGUCCGCUGCUGUAUAAGCAUUGACUAAAAUGGCCGCAAUCAGGUCCUGUAGCGGCGCACACGCAUGCAAUUUAAAAAAAUUAUUCUGCGAAUAAAGGCACUAAGUAAAAGCAACAGAAAGUUUCUAUCGGUCUCCCAUGUUGCUUGAACCCCAGAAGUAAAGCGACUUUUAGAAAGCUUCCAUAUCAACACCAGCAAUGACAAGGCAAGCUAACGUUGCUAUGCUUACAGUCCAUAUACAUAAUAGAUUGCUAGGCUAUUCCUAUGCUAUCUACAGUUUUAUUACAAACAGCUACCUAAACUACAACAUAACAUUAAUGUAGACUUAAACAACAUGUUUAUCUAAAUAUAAUGUAGUACAUUUAAACAUCACUGUUUACAUUUUUUACCAGCCUUUGUAUGGUAGCCUAUAUGCAUUGUUUGGCAAAAAGCAGUGUUCCUCUGUUUGUCUGUGUGUUUUAUUAAGCAAUUAUAUGUUAGCCUACAUGUAAUCCUUAUAUUGUACUAAAAAAUUAGCUGUAUUCCUCCACUUUUUGUUAAGUUGUGUCAACCCAGUGCAUGCCAGGUUUGUGCUGUGAAUCUGAAUUAAAAGUGAAUUAAAGAAAAGAAAUGAAGAGAGUAAAUCUUGAGGUCAAAAUCAAAACACUGCUCUCAAUUCAUAAACAAAGUGAUCAAAAUGAUAUACACUAUCAAACAGAGAGUAAACACUACACAAAAAAAUAGAAAACACAUGGUUCAAAACAUAUAGUUCUCAGGGAGUCAAUUUUUACAUAUUUACAGUGUAACUCUCAUUGUUUUGGACAAAUUUGAUACAAUCAAGCAGAUGAUUAUGUACAAAUGUCUGCUGUUUGCAUUUUCAAUUUAAUUUUCAUGAAAAUACAUUAUUCUGGUUUUGUUGAAUAGUCUUACACCUCAAAACAUUUAGGAAUUAGUUCAUCGUGCAUAGCAUGAAAUUGUUGACCAUAUGUGUCAUAAUCUGUUACUGUAAGCAUUAAGCAUGUUUUCUAUGGGUUUUUUUUUUGUAAAUGUAAACUGAAUCGAUAAAUUCCUGUCAAGUGAAUCUUGAAAUUUGAAGUCAUUUUUUGAAUUUUUUUAUUUUUACUGUAAUUUUUUUUCAAAAUCACAAUUUGUGUUAUUUGUUUACAGAAAAAAAGGUGAACAUGUAAAUUCAUCCACAGUUUACAUAAAAAUACUGACACAUAUAAUUGUGUACACUUGGUAUAUUGACAACAAGUCUUGUUCAUGAACAAUGACACACUGACUUGCCAUUUUGAUGGAACAUGUUCACUAAUGUAAAAAUUUCCUUUUGAGAGAUGACACAAACUUGUCCUUUGUUUCUGUGAUACUGUAACUGUAAAGCAGUCAGUACUACUAACAAAUGGAAAGUACAAUGUUCAGGGCCAUACAAUUUGUUCAUUGUACAGUAUAAAGCCUACAAUGUACUGUAGUACUGUAUACAACAGUGAACUGGC